UAUCCCUAAUGCACCACAGUGACUUUCGUGAUGACUGAUGAAGGGGUCUCAAAGCCGAAAGAGACUCUCAGGUAUCGCAAGGGUUACCAUAGAAGAGCCCCCCGUGCAUGUGAUGAAUGCAGACUGAGAAAGAUCAAAUGCGAUGGCUCUAAGCCUUGCAAGCCUUGCACCGUGUCCCACAGCACUUGCUCUUAUGAGUCGGGAAGAAAGCCGCGACAAACACCAACCGAGCGCAUUCGAGUUUUGGAAACACGGCUGCGUAGUGUCAAGGCAUCGUUGGAGAUUCUCAAGUCCCAGAAUUCGCCAGGACAGGCAUUCGAUGUGGACAAGAUUCUCAAGACAGUUGAUCUCUCUGUGGCGCCACCAUCAGACGAUGAGUCGAGCUCCGAUGAGGUGGCAGAUAAGGCACUGCGACUGAACAGCAUGAUGGGCCACUCAGGAAGAAGUUUCGCGACCGGGCCAUGGCAGACGAGCUUCUAUGGCCCUUAUUCCGGAUGCUCCUUCGUCUUACGCACACUUGAGCUCUUUCGAAAGGUAGCAGACGAUAAUCCCCAUCCAGACGGCAGCCGCCAGGUCAUCUCUGAUUUGUACGAAGCUCCCAUUCCAGACAUAGAGUCAUACACACCUGCCGAGUCGAGGACUCUGCCGAGCCAGUCAACGGCAUUGGACCUCCUGGGUGUGGUGUUCAUGAGAUAUUCGGUCUUGGUACAGUUUCUUCAUGAGGCCAAUUUUCGUGACAUGGUCUACCGGUUCUACAACGAGUCGGCAGUUCAAUUCAGUGCAUCAGGCCAAACCUUUAUGCCACUGUUUCAUGCUGUAAUGAGUCUAGGACUUCUUUAUGACGUACAUUCUCGCAGGCAGGAUGGUUGCGAAUAUGCGACGUCUGAAGCGACGAAACAUUUUCUGCUUGCUCGGAGGGGGCUCGAUAUUAGUCAUUGUGCAGACCUCAUAUCGCUGCAGGCCCUACUUUGCCUGACGAUAUUCUUGAUCUCGACUUCACGGAUAACAGCUGCUCACACAUAUCUUGGCGUGGCCAGCUCCGCAGCUACGAGACUAGGUCUGCACAAGAAGGUCGAGGAAGGUGUACCGUUGUCCGCAGCUCAGAGAGAUACCCGGACGAGGGUCUUUCUCAGUCUACUCCAACUUGACCUCUACGUGAGCUUGGUGUUGGACAUUCCGGGAUUUAUCAACCUGGAUCACAUCGACUCAGAGAUCAUGAACAAACUUCAGCCGAGCACGACCGGAAAAUUACUCUAUCCUUUUGACAUUACUGCCGAGAGUCGAGCUCAGUUCUCAGCGUCAGCAAAGCACCUUGAGCUCCUGAUAUUGGCUUCUACAGGAGUGCAUGACUUGUUCUACAAAUGCCACAGGCAGUCUGAAAAGACCACUGAUGAGUCAGAAUUUACGAGCGUGGAUGUCAAGAUAUUGAAAGACAUUGAACAGAAAUAUCGUUUGUGGACGAAUGGGCUCUCCGGUUUGCCGGCGUUUCCAGAAGACCCUGAGACUUCUGCCCGCAUGAAGUUUGAACUCGAAAUGACUUUCUAUCUUGGCCAGAUGGCACUGUAUCAGCCCUUCUUGCACUAUCUCAUCCCGAUGGCACAAGGCUUGCCUACAACGAAGAUACAAUCUGAGCACGCCUUGGCUUGUAUGAAAAUAGCAGGCAUAACCAUCAGUCGGACAGAUGUCAUGUACCAACGAGGUCUCCUAUGCCCUGCUUCAUGGAACAGCAUUUACACACUUUUUCUUGCAGUGUCAUGUCUGCUGUUUCUCAUUGCUACUCACCCUGGCACUUCUAGACCCAGCAACGCGUGGAAGAAGGGUGAGCGAGGUAUCAUGCUACUGGCUGCAAUGCGUUGCGUCAACAACGGCGCAGUGAAGUGCCUGCUUAUAAUAAAGAUGCUAAUUCAGCAGCUCUCGCACACUGUUCUCUUCGACGUCGACCACAUUGUUGCAGCGACUGCUGGGAUCUGCCCUUGCAGCGUCGCCGGCUCUCUACCUCGUGAGGCCAUCAGGCGCAGUCUCUCCAAGGACAUGGCAGCUACCACGCCACUGCAUUCUGCAGGGUAUCCGACACCAGACACCCCUCUUGAAGCACGCUCAAUCCAGUCUCCCUGGAGCCUCGGACACGAUCAUGUCCCGACAUUGUUCACAGGCAGUCAUGAUACCUUUUACCGCGAUGCUGAUUCGAUUUUGGCUGAAGCCCAAGCUAUGUCCAUGGUAAUGCCGAUGGAUAGCUUUGAAAUUUUUGGAGGAGGCUAACUUGGUUCAACGUUGUCAACAACGUGUAUCUGCCUUCAGACUGCUAUCUCAUCACCUCUACGAGCAAUCUUACGGUGUGCAAAUUGUAUCGUCGUGAACUCUCCACUUCGAGGGCCUGCUUUUGUCGGAGAGAAGAGGAUGUACGUAGUCGGUGCGCCUUAUUAGCAUGAGGCUGAAUUAGUUUCAGUUGAGUCUCUGCAGCCGAUCAUAAGUGACACAUGGUGAUCCAUAACCGGGCCAGAAUACGCAGUAGAGUCAGGACGAGUCAGGAUAAAUUCGGACCUCAGGACACUCCUUUGUUAUGAGUGCUCAAGGCUUAUCUAUCAUCACCAUCGGCGCCGUAAAUAGUACCAGCCACCGGAUUUCGAUGCCCUGACCAAGAUGCGGAGUUUGACGCGGCAUCCUUAAAGCUAGGCGUGAGUGGGUUAGUUGGCGAGCAAGGAGCAGGGAUGAGGCCA